UAUGAUUUAUGCAUUUCUCUAGUGUAUGUGGAAAACAAAUAAUGUUUCUAGGAAGGCGUGCACAGAUCACAAUGACUCUCCCUCCAAAGUCCAAAAUCCAACGCAAGGAGCUACUGAACAAUCCAUCAAGUAUCAACGGUAGACGCAAAAGAGCACAAGUAAUCAGCAGCAACAUUUAGAAGUAGCCCAGCAAAGGCAGCAGCACCAGUUUAUUCUGUUAGUAUUCAUCUUUCUCUCACUUAUCUUUGUUUAUUGGUUAAGGUUUAUUUGACAGCUUCCCAAAAUUGUCAAAAUUCAUACCAUUUGUGAUUGAGAUUUCAACUCUUUAGAGAGUUGGGUUUGGGUGUAUCACUUAAGACUCAAAGCUCAAGGUUAAACUAUUGUGUCCUGUUGAAGAACUCUGGAACAUCUCCAUUUGUAGCAAUCAAUGGCAACACUGUUAGCAUCUGUUCCGAUAGGAUGUGCCCAAACAAUCAAUAGUAGUGUAGAAUCAUCAAGAAAAUUUGCUUCUACUUGCAUUUCAUAUAAUAGAAGGAGUCUGAGACCUGAGGGAAAAAGUGUUAAGCAAAAUGAAAUUCAAUUUGGAGAAAGCUGUGGUCGUCUCAAAAGAUAUCCUGCAGGAAAACUAGUUCUCCAAGCAGGAGCUUCAUCUAGCAUCUCGGUUGACAAGGCUGAGCAGGGAUUGUCAAAAUACCUAUAUAGGACUGAGAGUGGUGGUCAGGUGAAGGUAGCUGUAGGGAAGAGAAGUUUAAGAUAUUCAGUGCAUAUAGAGUUUUUGCCUUCUGAAUUAAAUGGCAACCUAGCAGAGAAGCUGAUACUAAGUUGGGGUAUAUAUAGAUCUGACUCUUCAUCCUUUAUGGCUCUUGAAUACCGAACAUCAGAUCCGGAUACCCAGAAGGGAAUAUCUCAAAUACCUUUGAGGAGGAACUCUUUUGGCACCUACGUAGUUGAAAUGGAUUUUGAAUCAUAUUUAGCCCCAUUCUAUCUCUCAUUUGUGUUGAAGUAUCCAAAUGGUGCUGAUUCCAAAAGUGUAGAGAUAAAGAGUAAUCGACAAAGCAAUUUCUGCGUCCCUGUUGGCUUUGCUCCUGGGUAUCCAGCUCCACUGGGUCUUUCUUUCUCCAGUGAUGGUAAGAUAAAUUUUGCUCUUUUCUCCAGAAAUGCAAAAAGUAUUUUCCUGUGUUUGUUUGAUGAUAAUGCAUCAGAGAAACCUGCUUUAGAGAUUGAACUAGAUUCAUAUGUGAACCGAACUGGUGAUAUUUGGCAUGCAUCCUUUGAUAGUGCUGGACCUUUUGUGAGCUACGGCUACCGAUGCGAAGGAGCUGUAAUUAACGGAAGUAGUAACAGAAUUAUUUUAGAUCCUUACGCCAAACUAAUUAGGAAACAGAUGCCUGGUCUGCCUGAUCUUGGAGAAUUACGUGAUAUACCUGCUUUUGAUUGGAGUGGGGAUUCCCGUCCUGGGUUAAGCAUGGAGAAAUUAGUUCUCUAUCGACUAAAUACGAUGCAUUUUACUAGGGAUAAGUCCAGUAAACUACCUGCUGAAUUUUCUGGGAACUUUUCUGGUGUUACUGAAAAAAUUCAGCAUUUCAGAAAUCUCGGUAUCAAUGGCAUAUUACUGGAGCCAGUCUUUCCAAGCAAUGAGAAAAAGAGUCCCUAUUUUCCCUUUCAUUAUUUUUCACCAAUGCAGGUAUAUGGACCUGAUGACGAUUCUGUAUCUGCUAUUAAGUCGAUGAAAGAGAUGGUAAAGAAAAUGCAUGCUAAUGGAAUAGAGGUUUACUUGGAAGUUGUUUUCACUCAUACCACUGAAGAUGGAAUUCUCCAAGAUAUUGAUCCUUUAUCCUAUUUUUAUGCUGACAAGGAUGGUGAAUUGAGGGCCAGGUGUGCUUUGAACUGUAACUAUCCAAUCGUGCAGCAGAUGAUUGUUGAUAGUCUCCGAUAUUGGGUGACAGAGUUCCGUAUAGAUGGAUUUUGCUUCUUAAAUGCUUCAUAUCUCUUAAAAGGCUCUUAUGGAGAGAGCUUGUCUCGUCCGCCUUUGAUCGAAACUAUUGCUUUUGAUCCUAUACUUUCAAAAACAAAGAUAAUUGCAGAUUUUUGGGAUCCUUAUGACCUAAAAUCCAAAGGAACCUGCUUUCCUCAUUGGAAGAGGUGGGCUGAGAUAAAUUCGAAAUUUUGUAUUGAUGUGAGAAAUUUUCUGAGGGGUGAGGGACUUAUAAGUAGUCUUGCAACACGACUUUGUGGAAGUGGGGACAUUUUUUCUGCUGCAAGAGGUCCAUCAUUUUCCUUUAAUUAUGUUGCUGGGAACUUUGGUCUUCCACUAGUUGAUUUGGUUAGCUUCAGCAGCAGUGAUCUUGCUUCUGAAUUAAGUUGGAAUUGUGGGGAAGAAGGUCCUACAGAUAAGAAAGUUGUUCUUGAAACGCGUCUUAAACAAAUUCGUAAUUUUCUCUUUAUAUUAUUUGUUUCACUUGGUAUUCCUGUAUUAAAUAUGGGAGAUGAGUGUGGUCAAUCAUCUGGAGGAUCCCCUUCAUAUAAUGAUAGAAAAGCUUUCAAUUGGAGUGCUGUCAAUACUGCAUUUGGUAUCCAGAUAACACAGUUCAUCUCAUUUCUGAUCUCUCUAAGAGAGAGGCGUGGUGAUCUUCUGCAAAAGAGGAAGUUCUUAGAAGAAGAAAAAAUUGGCUGGUACCACAGUGACUUAUCUCCACCACGAUGGAAUGAUCCAUCAGCUAAAUUCUUGGCUAUGGAGCUCAAGGCUGAAAACAAAGGCAUCCAAAGUAGCUCAGAGUAUCUUCCUGUGAGCGGUGACUUGUAUGUCGCCUUCAAUGCUGGGGAACAGUCUGAAAGUUUGAUCUUACCAUCACCUCCGGAGGGGAUGGCAUGGGUACGAUUAGUUGACACUGCUCUUGCAUUUCCUGGUUUUUUCUCGUCGGAUGGCAUUCCUCUUCCUGAGCAGAUGCCUGGAUUAAUAGCAUAUGAAAUAAAAUCAUACAGUUCAGUGCUUUUCGAAGCAAAAGUCCAGCAUGCUUAACUUUAAUUGUUCUGCAUUGUAAAUUAGUUUUUUUUUAUCAAUAGUAAAUGUACAUAUAAUAGUGGUAUCUGAAUGGUCCAGAAUAUGACAAAAAAUUUCAUCUGUGGACUGUUGGGGACGGGGUUACUUCAUCAAAUUAUCCUGAUUUUCUUGUGGGUGACUUAUGUUAUGUCAUAUUUUGAGAUGGAGGAAUAAUGAGAAAAGUCUUCAAGGUAUGGUCA